GUGGCCCCGUGCGCCUUGCCGCAGCUGGACCUCUGCAUCUACAACACGACCGACUGCAACGAGACGCUGCCCCCAGGGGCGCAGUGCUCCGUGCUCUGCCGCGCGCCCUUCGCCGGGGCCCCCGGGGCGGUCUCCUGCCCGGCGGACAACACGAGCCCGGGAGGGCCGGCGCCGCUGGCGGGGCUGCCGCUGUGCGCCGCCGUGGCGGAGGACUGCCCGGCCCCAGCCUCCGCUGACGGCUACACCUGGAAUGCCUCGGACGGGUGGACCUGUGCAGAAGGCUUCAUAGGGCUGGCCGAGCACAGCUGCACACUGGAGGGGGAGUCUAACGGGUCCUGCCUGCUGGAGAGCCACCUCUCCGGCUGCGUUCCUCUGCAGCCCUGCCUGGUGGUGGAGACGGCCGACCUGAACCAUUGCCAGUACAACGCGUCCGGCUGUGCAGGGGGCGGCGGCUUGCUGGCACCGGGCAGUUCGUGCGAGCUGAGCUGCGCGCCUCCGUACGUGGGGAGCCCCACCGUGGUGUCGUGCCCUGCAGAGAACCUCCAGGUCGACCUUCCGCUGCUGCCUGCUAUGCCCAACUGCACGCUGCGGUGUGCCGAGGGACCUCCGCCGCCAGGCUUCCGGCGGGCUGGCAGCGGCCUGGAAGAUGCUGGCGAAACGAACGGCACCAACGGUACUGGCGGGGCCGAUGGGACCAACGCGACCCACUGGACCAACGAUACUGUCGGGGCCGACGGGGCCGAUGAGGCCAACAUGACAAACGGUACUGGCGGGGCCGACGGGGCCAACGGGACCAAUAGUACCAACGGUUCUGGCGGGGCCGACGGGGUCAACGGGACCAAUAGUACCAACGGUUCUGGCGGGGCCGACGGGGCUAACGGGACCAACGCGACCAACGGUACUGGCGGGGUCGACGGUAGCAACGAGACCAACAGGACCAACAGUACUAGGGCCAUGGAGAACAACGAUACCUGGGCGGCAGAGGAGGUCGAAGACAGGAACGAGACCAGCGGGGCCAACGACACCGACGAGAGGAACGAAGCCAAUACGGCCGACGAUGUCGACGAGACGGAGUGGGAGUGUGCCGAUGGCUUUGCUGGCACCGCAGUCGUGACCUGCAACAUUUCCGAGGACUACUGCCUCCCAGAGUUCCCAGAGCUGCUCUUCGAUGGCUGCCAGCCGGUAUUGCCGUGCGGCCCGCCAGCACCGGAGGGCGGCUGCGGGCUCGUCGCGUCGGACUGCGAUGGCGGCGUGCCCGCGGGCGGCAGCUGCAAGGUCUGGUGCGCAGAAGGCUACGUCAGCAACACCAGCCAGGAUGGCAUGGCCCUGGCGUCGUGCCCCGCAGACAACGUGGAUCCUGAGCGGCUGGCGCGGCACGAGCCGCUCGGGUGCACCCUCCGCUACUGCCCCAAUCUCACGCGCGUGCCCGCCGAGUUCGUGAGGGCGCCGGAUGGCGGCUGGGCGUGUGCCGAGGGCUUCUUCGGCAACGUGACCGCGGAGUGCGUGGCCGGGGCCGAGUGCAGCGCGACCCUGGUGCUGGGCGGGUGCUCGCCUGUGCUUCCCUGCGCCGCCGCGGCCGUGGACGAGUGCCUCGUCGACGCCUCGAACUGCUCCUCGGUGCCGUCGGGCGGCUCCUGCGAGCUCCGAUGUGCGGCGCCCCAGGUUGCAGGCAAUUCCACGGCGGUGUGGAAUUCCACGAUGGUGACGAAUUCUACGGUGGCAACGUGCCCGCUGGGGAACGAUGAUCCAGACCAGCCGCUCAACUUCUCGAUGCCCGAGUGUACCUUCUCCUGCGCAGCGGGGGAGGAGGUCAGCGUUCCCCUGGAGGGUUACGUGCUUGUCAUUGAGCCCAUCCUGGAUUGUGGCGGGGAUGCGGAUCAGGUUUUCGGCAACGGGACUGGCAACAAGACUGCCAACGCGACUGACAACGAGAACGAGACUGGCAACGAGGCCGCCAGCAACGAGACCGACAGCGGGAGCUAUCCGAGCAACGAGACUGGCAAUGAGACAGGUAACGAGACCGACAGCGGGAGCUAUCCGAGCAACGAGACUGGCAAUGAGACAGGUAACGAGACUCAGGAGGUCGGUAACGUGACCGCCAGUGAGAGUAAUGGCUCCUGGGGCAACCAGACUGGCGAAGAGGACAGCAAUGCGACGGGCAACGAGACCAUGCACGAAACCAUCGACGAGAUAGACAACGAGACCGUCAGCGACACUGGCAACGUGACUGGCAACACAACUGGCAACGUGUCAAACAGUAGCAAUUCGACCAGCAACUUUAGCGAGGGUGGCGAAGUAGACACAGGUCCGCAGUGCAGCGUUGUUGGGAACGUCAGCACUUGGAAGUGCGCGGAGCGCUUCGGGGGCAGCGUCAGGGAAGAGUGCGUCAUGGGCGAGGACUGCAGCCCGCAUCUCACGCUCGCCGGCUGCGAGCCGCUUCCGACGUGCUCGCCGCCUGCGAUCGACAGGAAGUUCUGCUUCGUCGACGCCACCGACUGCACGGGGCUCUUACCUGGUGAGUCCUGCGAGCUGCGCUGCCGCUACCCGUACGUCGGCCGGACGAAGCCCGCCGUGUGCUCGCUCAAGCUCGGUGGCUCGAACGUGUCGCGUCGCAACGGCUCGAAUGCGUCGGAGCUGACCGGCUGGAACGUGUCGGAGCUGGGCGGCUCGAACGCGUCUGAUUCCAACGGCUCGAACGUGUCAGAGUUGAACGGCUCGAACGCGUGGGAUGCCAACGGCUCGAACGUGUCGGAGUUGAACGGCUCGAACACGUCGGAGCUGAACGGCUCGGUCGUGCCACAGGGCAACGACGUUUCCGUGUUGCUGGACAGCGGCGUCGCCGACGACGCGGAGGAGAUGCUUAUGAUGGAGUGGGACGGGCUGCCCGAGUGCAACCUGUCCUGCCCCGACUUGCCGCCGGCGGACGCACCGCGAGGUUAUAAUUGGACGGCAGAAACUGGUUGGCGGUGCGACGUGGGUUUCAUUGGGGAUCCUACCACGGAUUGCUACGAGGACGAUCACUGCACCAUUGUUGUGACCAUCUCGGGUUGCAUUGAGUUGAUGCCUUGCCUCCCGCCAAACAUCACGGACGAGUGCAUGUUCAACGCGUCGGAAUGUGUGAGCCUCCAGCCUGGUGAGCAGUGCAGCAUACUUUGCAAGCACCCUUACGACGGCGCCCCAUCUGUAACCACAUGCCCUGGGAGCAACACCGACGCCACCUACAGGCCAGCAUACAUUUUCCCGCAGUGCAGCUUGGUAUGUCCAACUCCAGACCCUUUGACGCUCGGGUACAACAGGUCGCAAGCGGGCAACUGGUCUUGUGCCAUCGGCUACGAGGAGGACAGCAGUGAUGAGGAUCAUAGUGUGCUGACUUCGGCGAAUGUGACCUACGUCUCCAGUCUGCCCGCAUUCAGGGCAGAGUGCGUCAUAGAUGCGGACUGCGUGGCGGAGUGGGAGCUGCAGGGGUGCUACCCUGGGCUCCCCUGCACGGCCCCAGAUCCCAGGGUCAUCGACGACUGCGUGUACGAUCUCAGCAGCUGCGGCGGCAUCGAGCCAGGCGAGUCGUGCCUUAUAGGCUGCAAGGAACCUUACGAGGGUGAGCCGCACCAGUGGAGCUGCCUCAAGGAUCAGAGAUCGUCGACCCGCCCGGGGUUCUCAAUGGCACACUUCCUGAGUGCCUUCUGCGCUGCCCGCCCCCCGACACGCUGCCUGCAGGUUACGUUAGAACCUGGGUGUGCACCAGCUGGGACGACAGCAACGACAACAUCAGCAGCCUCAACAGCCUCAACAGCACCAACAGCACCAACAGCACCAACACCAUCCGCACCUGUCUUAAGGGCUACUGGCAGGUAG